CGGCGGCGGGGGUACGGUGUCCGGGAGGGGACCCUCACCGCGCUCCGUCCCUCCCGCAGCCCCGCGAUGCCGGACCGGGACGGGUUCCCCUCGGGCGGCAGCGGGGACGAAGCCGUCGGCGGUGUCGGAGGCGGGGGCCUCGGCGGCGGCGGCGGCGGCGGCGGCGGCGGCGGGGGGAGCCCGGACGAUGACAUCUGCCGGGACUUCCUGCGCAACGUCUGCAAGCGCGGCAAGCGGUGCCGGUUCCGGCACCCGGACAUGAGCGAGGUCACGAACCUGGGCGUGCGCAAGAACGAGUUCAUUUUCUGCCACGACUUCCAGAACAAGGAGUGCGUGCGGCUCAGCUGCCGCUUCAUCCACGGCUCCAAGGAGGACGAGGACUCCUACAAGAAGACGGGCGAGCUCCCGCCGCGCCUGCGCCACAAAGUGGCCGCGGGGCUGGGCCUCUCCCCCGCCGACCUCCCCAACAGCAAGGAGGAGGUGCCCAUCUGCAGGGACUUCCUCAAGGGCGACUGCCAGCGCGGGGCCAAGUGCAAGUUCCAGCACCUGCAGCGCGACUUCGAGCCGGGCGCCCGCCGCUACGAGGCCUUCGAGGGGCUCUACGAGGCCGAGCACGAGCCCUUGCUCAAGCGGCGCCGCGGCGACGGGCUCCACUUCGAAGCCUUCGACUUCGGCGGCGCCGGCGGCCCCACGGUGGAGCAGCGGCUGCUGGAGGAGGAGAACGCGCUGCUCCGCAAGCGGGUGGAGGAGCUCAAGAAGCAGGUGAGCAACCUGCUGGCCACCAACGAGGUGCUGCUGGAGCAGAACGCGCAGUUCCGCAACCAGGCCAAGGUGAUGACGCUGAGCUCCAGCGCCGCCGCCGCCGCCACCGAGCAGACUCUGGCCCCCGCCGUGGGCACCGUGCCCAGCUUCAACCCGGGCAUGGCGCAGACGCACACCACGCUCAGCAGCCAGGCCCUGCAGCCGCGCGCCGUGGCCCAACAGGAGCUGGUGGCUCCGGCCGGGGCGCAGGCGGCUCCGCCGGCCACGGCCGCGCCGCCCCCGCUCAACCCCGACAUCGCGCCGCUCUCGGCCGCCCUGGCUCAAACCAUCGCCCAGGGCAUGGCCCCCCCCGUCUCCAUGGCGCCCGUGGCCGUCUCGGUGGCGCCGGUGGCCGUGUCCAUGGCGCAGCCCUUGGGGGGCAUCACCAUGAGCCACGCCACCACCCCCAUGGUCACCUACCCCAUCGCCUCGCAGAGCAUGCGCAUCACGGCCAUGCCCCAUUGACGCCCCCCCCCGGGGGUGCUUUGGAACAGCCCGGGCCGGCACCGGGGGAAGGUGCGGGAGGCUCCCGGGACAG